AGACCUUUGUAAAAAUGAUUGGUAAUAAUGUGGCUGGAAUGGAGGAACAGAUCAUAAAGGCAGAAUCAGACCUUGGAAAUUUUCCAAAUACGUUAAAGAAAUUAUUGUACACAAUCAACGUGCCAUCUUUUUUAAAUAAAUCAUCUUCAUCGAGGCAAAAUCAAGCCCUGUAUGAGCCACUUGAUCUCUUCAAGACUGAAGACUACUUUCCUUGUCUUGAUCAAGGACAAUGUAUGUGAUUUAACUGGAAGCGGUAACAUGUAAAGGGGAGUAUUAUCAGUAAGAUCCAUGCUGGCCUUUAGAUUGUUGCUGCACUUUUUUCCGGAAAACUACAGUGCCUU